CCAAUCUACAGUGUACGCGUGUUUUUUGUUUACCUCGUGUCUGAGUCUAUUUAUCUCAAUAUUUAUUUAUGUUAAUUAAAUAAUUUAUAAAUAUAAGUAUUAAUCAUUAUUAUUACUGCCCCUUACUCCAUUACUUACAUGGAUUCUUGGGUACAAGAGAAGUUGUCAGAGUGGAAUUUAUCAUCUCUCCAACAAAUCUUUGAAGAUGAAGAAGUGGAUGAAAUUGCAUUUAAAAAUCUCAACGAAGAAAUAAUUCAAAAACUAAUUAAAAAAACAGGUCCUCAGAUUAAAUUUUUAACUAGAUGGAAGAGAGAAUUUGGAGUAAUAAUAGAACCUGUUGUGGUUGAGAAUGUUGAUAGACGUCAAAGCACUUCAGAAGUUGACAUUGCUAAUUUUGAUUUGACAGUUGACGAUGACUCAAGCUUUCCAUUAUCUCUUGAAAUUGAGAAAUCUUUCGCCAUCGAAUCUCAAAAUUUUGAUUUUAGUAAAAUCGACAAUGCAGAUCUGAGUGUUGAUCUUAGGAAUCCCAUCACAGAUCUUGUUUCUGUGUUGAGAACUUCGGCGACUGGAUUAUCAAUUCUAAGUCAUUAUAAAUCGCAUAGAAAUUUACCGGAAGAUUUUAGAAACGACUUGGUAGAUUUUAUAAUUAGCAUUGAAAUAUGUACAUCUCCUGAAUUAGUGAUAUCUCCAGCUCGUUUUGUGGAACUAAGCCAAUUGAUCGUCGAUCUUUUUCCUACGGAAGUUAAGGAAACUUAUUACAUUCCCUAUAGUUACGACAAAGCUACUAAAUCAAAAAUAUUGCCAAAGGGAAAGUUUCACUCUAAAUACAAUAAUGGGUAUCGCGCUAAUUUGUUGGCUAGUGGAGCUAUUGUGAAAAAAACUGCUACGAAACGAAAACGGAAUGAAAUUUCUGGGUCUGUGCAUUUAGGUUUCACAAGUGACUUAAAGUCAGAGUUAACAGAUGAAGAGUAUGCAGAGAAAGUCAAGUGGCUGAAGGAAAACAUAGACUCUUGGGCUGAAGUGAAAACGUUGUGGGCUGAUACAUCUAAGAAAAGGAUUUCACACUUACUGCUGAUACCUCUAUGA